AUGUUUACUUCGCAAGCACUCUCGACUCUGGCAGUCGCCAUGCUCUCCAUGGCUCCCUCUGUUCAGUCGCACAUGAUUCUGGCCACUCCCAAGCCAUUCGGAUCGCCCGACAACUCGCCGCUUGACCCCUCUGGGUCUAACUACCCUUGCAAGAUGACCUCCGCAACCGCGGGUGCUGGGCCUAUGAACGACUUCGCGGUCGGCUCUAAGCAGCAAUUGUCUUUCACGGGCUCCGCAGUCCACGGUGGAGGUAGUUGCCAGGUCUCUGUCACUACCGACAAGAACCCCACCAAGGACUCCGUGUUCAAGGUCAUCCACUCCAUCGAGGGUGGCUGCCCUGGUGUCGAUGGCCCUGCUACAUUCGACUUCACGGUUCCCGAUGCCUUGCCUGACGGCGAGCUCGUCAUGGCCUGGACCUGGUUCAACCACAUUGGAAACCGCGAGAUGUACAUGAACUGCGCCAACGUUCAAGUCAGCGGCGGUGCAUCUGAUAACUCCAAGUUCGAGAAGCUCCCUGACAUGGCCAUCGCCAACGUCGCCGUUGGAAAGGGCGCAACUUGCAAGACCACCGAGAGCUCUGACUACACCUUCGAGGGUGUCGGCCAGAAUGGCGACACUGUCGACAAGGUCGGCUCCGGCCCCUUCGUCGACGUUUGCGGCGGGGCUUCCUCUGACGCGGGUAGCGGUAGCACUGGUGGUAGCUCUGGCUCUGGCGCUUCAGCUUCAGCUUCUGCUGGCUCUGGCGCUGCCAACAACGGUCAAUACACUCCCGGCGCCGGCGAGGGCGGUGCGGCUGCAACUUCCGCUGCUGCUGUAGCCUCUUCCGCGCCCGCUGCUUCGGCUACUGGCGGUGCUGGUGGUGUAUUCGCUCCCGGUGCUUCUUCUGCCCCGGCGGUCUCUUCUGCACCCGCUGCCUCGCCCUCGGACGCUGUCACUUCUACCGUCCGCACCUUGCUCACUGUCACCGCUCCCAGUGCAUCCGCCACUGUCCCCGCGAACGGCACUGGAGCGGCUCAACCUACCGGCGGCGCUGAUUCAGGCUCGGGUAGCACUUGCUCUAGCAAUGGCUCAAUCGUGUGCAACGGCGAGUCGCAGUUCGGUCUUUGCGACAACGGCAAAGUUGUGUGGCAGGCAGUGGCCGCUGGCACCAAGUGCGCGAACGGCCAGAUCGCGAAGCGCGAGUUCACGCACCCGCACGCCCGCGCGCACCUUGCUCAGCGCGCUUCUUUCUAG